AUUCUUACUCAUAAUAACCACGAACCAGUUUGAAGUUCGUUUCCGAAGUAAAUAUUAACGUAGUGCACUUGUCUGCGUCAGUUCUAUCUGUGCCGGCAUAGUGUCCAUACGUCUCACAAUUCACAACAAAAUGCGUCAUUUGACACUUUUCAUCACCUUCUGCCUGCUCCUGUGGGUAGCCUCAUCAUCACCCAUCAACCAGAAGAGGUGGCUCAUCAACCGGCCAAGUGUAAAAGAAAUCUUCGCUCUGAGAGGCAGGCGACAUGCAUACGAAUACGGGACCAAAGAAUAUAGACCAAGAAUGUACUCCUCGCAUCGACAACAACCAUUGGAGUUCAAUUUAAUAAAAGGCGAAUACAUGUGCCGAGGCCAGGUCUGCAAGCUCAUGCCAGGAGAAAUUCCUAGGGAUUGCAACGGGGUAUGCCAAUACCCGAUAUGAUUCAGCAAUAGAUAUAAGAGUGCAUUUAUUUUUGUAUUAAACUUCUACUAAGUAACAAUAAACAUUAAAAAAUCGACUUUAUUUGAGUUGAUCGAAUAA